AUGUUUCAAGGACCUGCACGAACAUUUAUAGGCACGUAUGGGUGCACAAGGUAUCAAAGGCUCCGAGCGCUCGCCGCAUGCCGAUCUGAGACUCGAGCAGAGCGGCGUGCGACGCAGCGGUUCGAUGCAGCUGCUUCCGGUGCGCGACGGGCAAGCAAGCUUGGACACCGGCGGCGCCGCCUAGUGAAAACGCAUGGCGCCUUGGCGAUCCAGAGCUCACUCAUCCAGCCAAAUAACUUCUGGGGUGUCUGGAGCUUGCUCAUAGGCUCAGCAACAGCUGGCGUCUGGUUCGAGCGUACACGCAUCGGAGCGGCGCUCUCGGCACCGCUUCUCUCGUCGCUGCUGGGACUGGCGUUGGUCAACUUGGGCAUCUUGCCGGCAUCUGCGCCCGCAUACCAGACAGUGAGUAAGGUCGUCGUGCCGCUUGCGAUUCCGCUCCUGCUCUUCAACGCGGAUAUGCGUCGCGUCUUUCGAGAGACAGGUCGACUCUUGAAAGCGUUUUGGAUCGGUGCAUUGGCGACAGUGAUCGGCACCUUCGUGGCGUGUGCCCUUGUUCCACCUGGAGCAAUCGGUGCGGAUAAUCUUUAUCGAGCAGCCGUGGCUCUGAAUGCACGCCACAUCGGAGGCUCCGUGAACCUCGUCGCUGUCGCGGAAGCCACCCGAAUGGAGCCUGCAUUGGUCUCCGCCUUGCUUGCCGCGGAUAAUAUCGUGCUCGCUAUUUACUUUCCGCUUAUUUUCGCCUUGUCCAGUUCAGCAGCGAGACCAGAUGCGGACGCGAAGCAGGCCGUUGACGGAAACCGCAGAGAAACCGACCUGGCAAUGCUGUCACUUGCACUUGCGGUUGCGUUCGCGCUAUGCUUCCUGAGCUUUGGGAUCGCAUGCUGGCUGCAUCUGGAGUCCUUCGUGCUGCCGCUCCUGACGCUAAUGAUCGUCUCACUGGCAACGCUUUUUCCGCGACAGUUUCAACCACUCCAGACCGCUGGUACCAUUCUGGGUAUGUUUUUUAUGCAAGUUUUCUUUGCGGUGACGGGUGCGUUAGGCUCCAUCGGUGCCGUUAUACGCACUGCACCUCUCUUGCUCCUUCUGAGUGUGGUUCAAGUAGGCGUUCAUUUAAUGGUGAUGCUCAUUUUAGGUAGAAUUUUAGGUAUUUCAAGGGACGAUCUCAUGCUGGCGUCCAACGCGAACAUUGGCGGCCCGAGUACCGCUGCGGGCAUGGCCGCAUCCAAGCGCUGGACCGCUCUCAUCGUACCUGCUAUUCUUAUCGGUGUCUGUGGUUAUGCUAUCGCAACUUUCGUUUCAUUGGGUUGCUUGCCGUUACUCCCAUAUUUUGUCCGUGUGUUGCCCUGGGCGUCCGCACUCCAACGCCCAUAG